AUGUCUCAAUCCCUUCUUGAUUAUGCUUAUUAUUGGUUCUAUCGAUUUAUUGAUCUAUUCCAACCACAAACUCAAUACUGUAUUUUAGGAUAUACUCAGUCUAGUUCUUACACUCCGGCUAUAUUUACUGAAAUAACGGACUUGUUACAACGAUCAUUUGCAAAUAAUGAUACCAGAUCUUCUCCGAUUGAAACUCAAUAUUCAUACAGCGUGGAAUAUAAAAACUUUUACAUGACAGUCUUUAAAUUAAAUUAUUAUUCAACCUAUUAUACUGAGGAAAAUAUUUAUAAUUAUUAUAUCAAGGGAAAAGCUGGACUUUUACUCACGAUCGAAGUUACCAAUCACACUUGGGAAUCAGAUGAUUUGCCAAAUCGAAUUCAAUUUGUAUUGAAAAAGAUUGGAAAGAAUGUACCUGUAUUAUUUAUCAUUCAUGGAUUGCAAGAACCAAUGGGAAAACAUGCGAAUAGUAUAGCCGAGAUGGUACAACAGAUGGUGAGAAAGCAUGAUCAUGAAGAGUACUCGUGUAUUGUUACCAAAGAAAAUGGUAAAGAUGGUGCUUUAUACGAAGGAUUGGAAUGGUUGUUCAUCAUGUCUGCCAAGUGA